AUGAAUGCUGAAAUAGUCCUAUAUGACCUGGCAAACACCAAAGGUGUCUGCUUUUCUCCACCCGUCUGGCGUAUUCGCCAGAUGUUGAACUACAAGCAAAUACCAUACACAACCAUCUUCCUCGAGUUCCCCGAUAUCGCACCCACACUUCGAACACUCGGCCUCGCCUCGCCCGAAAGCGGCAAAUACACCGUGCCCGCAAUCCACCACAUCCCAACAAACACCUACAUGAUGGACUCGGCCCCAAUCGCCGAGUUCCUGGAAUCAACAUACCCAUCCCCUCCAGUCCCACUCGAAUCGCUACUAGGUCGGCAAAUCGAGUCGCAAGCACGUGAUGUCAUUGGACCCGCGUUCCGGACAUCGAUCGUGCCCCGCGAGAUCCAGGUCUUGUCGCCACGCGCUCAGGAAUACUUUAGGAAUACGCGGGAGGCUAUCCUUGGACAUGCGCUUGAUGAUCUGCUAGCUGGGGACUCGGAGGAACGAGUGUGGGAGGAAGUUGCCGAUGGGAUGCGUGCGGUUGAUGAGUUGAUUCGCUCGGGCCCAGAGGGACCAUUUGUGCUUGGAAAGAAACCUAGUGGGACGGAUUUCUUCAUUUCGGGAAGCUUGCAGUCAGCAAGAGUGGUCGAUGAGGGAGUUUUUGAGAGAUGUGUGGCAUAUCCUGGCUUCAAGGAGGUACAUGAGGCUUGUUUACCUUUUAUGGAGAGGCGAAAUUGA